AGGAGGAGCAUCAGCAAAGUGGUGUACGAUGAUCAUGAGAGUGAAGAGGAGGAGGAGAGCAUGGUGUCCGAGGAAGAAGAGGAGGGAGACCCCGAGGAUAACCAGGACUCCGAGGAGGAAGAAGAGGAGGAGAUAAUGGAGGAGGAAGACGACGAUGACUCCGACUACCCUGAAGAGAUGGAGGAUGAGGACGAUGCCAGUUAUUGCACUGAGAGCAGCUUCAGGAGCCACAGCACCUACAGCAGCACCCCAGGUAGGAGAAGACCAAGAGUGCAUCGUCCUCGUUCUCCAAUAUUGGAAGAAAAAGAUAUUCCACCCUUGGAGUUUCCUAAAUCCUCAGAGGACUUAAUGGUGCCUAGUGAGCAUAUAAUGAAUGUUAUUGCCAUCUAUGAGGUACUAAGGAACUUUGGCACUGUUUUACGCCUCUCUCCUUUUCGUUUUGAGGACUUCUGUGCUGCUCUGGUAAGUCAAGAGCAGUGCACACUUAUGGCAGAGAUGCAUAUAGUGCUUUUAAAAGCAGUUUUACGCGAAGAAGACACUUCAAAUACUACCUUUGGACCUGCUGACCUCAAAGAUAGCGUUAAUUCCACUUUGUAUUUCAUAGAUGGAAUGACGUGGCCAGAGGUUCUGCGGGUAUAUUGUGAGAGUGACAAGGAAUACCAUCAUGUUCUUCCUUACCAAGAGACAGAGGACUAUCCUUAUGGACCAGUAGAGAAUAAAAUCAAAGUUCUGCAGUUCUUAGUGGAUCAGUUUCUUACAACAAACAUUGCACGUGAAGAGUUAAUGUCAGAAGGUGUUAUUCAGUAUGAUGAUCAUUGUAGGGUUUGUCACAAACUUGGGGAUUUGCUUUGCUGUGAAACUUGCUCGGCCGUGUACCAUUUGGAGUGUGUGAAACCCCCUCUGGAAGAGGUACCAGAAGACGAGUGGCAGUGCGAGGUCUGCGUGGCACAUAAGGUGCCUGGAGUGACUGACUGUGUUGCUGAAAUCCAAAAAAAUAAACCAUACAUUCGACACGAGCCUAUUGGAUACGACAGGCACCGACGGAAAUACUGGUUCCUGAACAGGAGGAUCAUUGUAGAGGAAGAUUCAGAAAGUGAGAAAGAUAAGAAGAUCUGGUACUAUAGCACAAAGAUACAGCUGGCAGAGUUAAUUGAAUGCCUAGACAAAGAUUACUGGGAAGCUGACCUAUGCAAAACUCUGGAAGAAAUGCGUGAAGAAAUUCAUCGGCACAUGGAUGUGACAGAGGACCUGACCAAUAAAGCAAGGGGCAACAACAAGUCUUUCCUUUCUGCAGCAAAUGAUGAAAUUCUGGAUAUUAUCAGAGCAAGAAAAGGAGAAAUAGUGGAAGAUAAAAACACAGCAGAUGAUGAAGCAGAAAAAGCCAAAAGUGAUGUUGAUAAUGACCAGACAGAUGCUGAGAGGGACAAGGAAGAAUCUGGAGACCAAGAUAAAACUGAGGAAACACCUGCUGAGCAAGAUGUGGAAAACGUGAAAAUAGAAGAGGCAACAGUCGUUGGGGAUAAAAGUAACUCUGUGACAGCAAGCACUGAUGACAGCAACACAAAUCCUUCUGCAGGAGAGACUAGUUGCUCUGAAGGGAAGAAUGCAAUGGGGUGUCAGUCAGAAACCCUUGAUAGCAACAACGUGGCAGAGAAGAAGGUGGCAUCAGAGCUCCCUCAGGAACUCUCAGAAGAAACUGGUCAGAUGAUCCCUAGCAGCAGCAGCAGUGCAUGUGCUGCACCUCUACAGUCAGACGUUGAAAACAGCAACGGCAGCGAGCUGGGCUCUGGGCAGAAUGACUUCAUUAAGACUCCUGAUGAUGCUGAAAAUGCAGAGAGGGGAUCUCAGACUUCAGAGGACAUAGGAGAGAAGUCUAAUGGUGAAAGAAGCGACUCUCCAGGUGCAGGGAGGGGCCCAGGUUCCACACGAAUGCUCACAAGGCUACGAAAUCCAGACAGCAAGCUGAGCCAGAUGAAAAGCCAGCAAGUUGCUGCUGCAGCUCACGAAGCAAAUAAGUUAUAUAAAGAAGGCAGAGAGGUUCUGGUGGUCAACUCUCAAGGUGAAGUCUCCCGAAUGAACACAAAGAGGGAGGUUGUGAUGAAAGGAAAUCUCAACAAUUACUUCAAGUUAGGGCAAGAGGGGAAGUACCGUGUUUAUCAUAAUCAGUAUGCCACUAAUUCAUUCGCGUUGAACAAGCACCAGCACAGGGAGGACCAUGACAAGAGGCGACACCUCUCACAUAAAUUCUGCCUGACUCCUGCUGGCGAGUUCAAAUGGAACGGGUCUGUACAUGGGUCCAAAGUUCUCACCAUAUCCACUUUGAGGCUAACUAUUAUUCAGCUAGAAAACAAUAUCCCGGCAUCAUUCCUUCACCCUAACUGGGCUUCCCACAGGUCUAACUGGAUUAAGGCUGUUCAGAUGUGCAGCAAACCUCGAGAAUUUGCACUAGCACUGGCUAUAUUGGAAUGUGCAAUUAAACCAGUUGUCAUGCUGCCAAUCUGGCGGGAAUCCUUGGGGCACACUAGAUUACGCAGAAUGACAGCAUUAGAAAGAGAAGAAAAGGAAAAAGUGAAAAAAAAAGAGAGGAAACAAGAAGAAGAAGAAACAAUGCAGCAAGCUACAUGGGUGAAAUACACAUUUCCUGUCAAACAUCAGGUUUGGAAACAAAAAGGAGAGGAAUAUAGAGUAACGGGAUAUGGUGGCUGGAGCUGGAUUAGUAAAACACAUGUCCACAGGUUUAUGCCCAAACUACCUGGAAAUACUAAUGCAAAUUACAGAAAGUUGCUACCAACAAAGAGUGAGGAUGAAAAAUGCAGCUUGGAUAAAAGAAAAGGUCCAUCUAAGGUAAAAACAGAGAAAGAUAAAGCAAAGGAUUCUCAUGACCUACAAACAAAAGACAAAGCAGAUGUUCCAGAACCCUUGGAGAAAGUACAAGUGAAAGAAGAGAAGUCAAGUGAAGAAAAAGUUGAAGUUGAUACAAUUUCUGAAAGCUUGGAUCCUGCAAAAGACAAAGCAGAAAAAGAAACUGAUGGUGAAAAUGAUAAAGUCAUCAAGGAAGAACCUAUGGAUGUAGAUGAUGUGAAAAUUGAAUCCCCCAUAAAAGAAGAGGAUAGUCAUUGUAAGCUGGAUAUAAUCAAUGUCAGUGAGGGAUUUCAUUUAAGGACUUGUUACAAAAGGAAAGUAAAAUCAUCAAAAUUAGAUGGACUGCUUGAGAGGCGAAUAAGACAAUUUACACUGGAAGAAAAGCAACGUCUAGAAAGGAUGAAACUGGAGGCUAGUGCAAAAACUGGAGGCAUUCGAACUGUGAGCCCCCAGAAAAGCACAGAUGAGCUACAAAUGAGAAAAGUGAAAGAAGGAAGCCAGUUUAACGAGUCUUCCCAAGAUCAAACGUAUAUUUCAGAUAAGACCCAAACCGAAGAUGCAGAACAGGACUGCUUGCCUAUCAGCAGCACCUCCUGUACCAAAGCUGGUGGGCUAGAUGAACCAUCUUUGCAUUUGACAAACAGGCUGUCAAAAGGUGAAGGCCAGCUGCUUGAUGGAGACUCACCUCAAUCCUCUGAAGGUGAAAACUCCAUUCAGAAUGAUAGUAAAGAAAACAACCCUGAACCUAUGGCUGCUGAUAAGUGUCAAGGACAAGAGGCCCUUGAGGAGUCUGAGGGUUCCUUUGUGGAUGGCUUGAAACAAAAAAAUGCAGAAGGUAGUAUCAAAUGGGAUGUUUCAGAAAAAAGUGAAAAACCUUUGAAACAAAAACUACUACCUGUUACCAGAGUAUCUCAGUGUGAAUAUGAAAACUUGAAGGCAGAGGUAACCGAAAGCAGUGGUAGGAAAGGUGCUCUGGCCACUCCUGAGCAAAUUGACUUGACAGAGAAUUCUGAACAGCAGAGCGAAGAUCCAGAAAACGAUUGUAUGAUAGAAAGCCAUACUGAACCAACAUCCUCUCAAGAAAGUGAAAUGGAGGAAGAAAUUGCUCCAGGAAAGGCUGAAAGUAAAUCUGGGAAGAAGAUUCUAUUUCACCAAAAAUUGGUUAAUAAAGAUCUAGAACCGUUUAAAACAGAGCUGGUUUCUGAAAGAAACCUUGAAAGUCAAACUCUGGAACACAUGGAUGGGGCAGAUGUUGAUGAGGAUUUACUGAGCUCUAAACUAACUGAGGCUAAUGGUCAAAAGAAAGAUCAGGAACUGGAAGUGGAGGCAAGUACUAUAAAUAAGCAUCUUGAUCAGACAAAUCAAAAUAGUGUUACUGACAAAAAGAAUAAUAAAGAUGAAGAAACUGAGACACAAAAAGAAAAAUCAGCUUUUCAAAUGAAUGGAAAAGACAAUGACAUUAAAGUAAUAACAAAGGAGGACUGCUUAGUUAAAGACACCUGUGAAACUAAGGCAGGGGGUGAUAUUGAACCAAAAGUCAAUAAUAUUAAUAAAUCUGUUCCAGAACAUGAAAUAAAACCGUUUACUUUUAAGGAAUCUUCAGUGAAACCAUUCAUGAAUGGUGACAUCAUGGUAGAGGACACAAAGGAGAAAAAUAAUGUGGACCCUAAGUUACAUGUGCAGAAUUCACCCGAGUUAGAAUCUGGAGAGGGUCUUCAGCCACCAGAUGAGGUUCCCAAGUAUGUGCAGAAAACUGAGGAAAAACAGCUUUAUCCUGAGAGAUCUGCCUUUGUUGGCACUGCUGCCACGCCAACACAUGCUGCCUGUAAAGAAAAUAACCUGAAUAGUGAAAUGGAAUCUAUGGAAACUGAAGCAAUUGAGGAUAAGAAAGUUGCUGUGUCGCCUGUAACCUCAUGUGAGGAAUCUAGCUUGAGUAGUGACUUUGCUGAUCAGAAUGGUGUACAGACAUAUAAAACAGGAAAUGUUAAUGGAGAAAGUAAAAUUAAAACUGUUAUUACUGAAGUGACUACCACUACAUCAACUGUGUCUACAGAAUCCAAAACUGUUUUUAAAGUUGCAGAGACUGUAGCUUCUAACGACGAGAAAACAACGGUAGUGUCAUCUACAGAAAAUUGUGCCAUAUCCACUGUAACAACCACCACUACUGUAACUAAGCUCAGCACUCCAGCUACAGACAGCAACGUUGAUGUCAUUUCUGUACAGGAGCAUAGUAAAACAGUGGUUACAACAACAGUAACUGAUUCACUCACCACCCCAGAAGGCACACUGGUGACUUCCAUGACUGUCAGCAAGGAAUAUUCUACAAAAGACAAAGUGAAGUUAAUGAAAUUUGCAAGACCCAAGAAAACUCGUUCUGGAACUGCCUUACCAUCUUACAGGAAAUUUGUCACCAAAAGCAGUAAAAAAAGCAUAUUUGUUUUACCCAAUGAUGACUUAAAGAAGCUGGCCAGAAAAGGAGGGAUCCGAGAAGUUCCCUAUUUCAAUUACAACGCAAAGCCUGCCCUGGAUAUCUGGCCCUAUCCAUCCCCAAGGCCAACUUUUGGGAUCACUUGGAGGUACCGCCUUCAAACAGUGAAAUCAUUGGCUGGCGUGAGCCUUAUGUUGCGGUUACUGUGGGCAUGUCUCAAAUGGGAUGAUAUGGCAGCAAAAGCCCCUCCUGGGGGAGGAACUACACGUACAGAAACGUCUGAAACUGAAAUUACAACAACAGAAAUAAUCAAGCGGAGAGAUGUUGGUCCCUAUGGAAUCCGGUCAGAGUACUGUAUAAGAAAAAUUAUUUGUCCCAUUGGUGUACCAGAGGCUCCCAAAGAAACUCCAACACCCCAGAGGAAGGGACUGCGAUCCAGUGCACUAAGGCCAAAAAGGCCAGAAACACCCAAGCAAACAGGCCCUGUUGUAAUUGAAAGCUGGGUAGCAGAAGAAGAAUUGGAACUAUGGGAGAUCAGGGCAUUUGCUGAAAGGGUGGAGAAGGAAAAGGCACAGGCAGUUGAACAACAGGCUAAGGUUAGUGAACAGAAGAAGGCAGAGGAGUUCAAGGCCCAAUUGGAGGCUCAACUAAAACACCAACGAUUGGCUGCCCAGCAGAAACGUCUGGAACAGCAGAAGCAGAUACCUGCAGCAGGUGUGGCCCCUGCAGUCACCACAGCCAGCACCACUGCAACUACUGUCUCAACACCACAGAAAGUUGUGGUAGGCCCUUUAGCGGGCCCAGUCCCCACUGGAACCAAAGUAGUACUUACUACAAAAGUGGGUUCUCCAGCUACUGUAACAUUCCAACAGAACAAGAAUUUCCAUCAGACUUUUGCUACUUGGGUUAAACAAGGCCAGUCUUCAACAGCCACUAGCACAGCUGCCACUUCAGCCACAACCAUUGCCAGCACAGGGCAGACCUUCCAGAUCUCAGGCAGCCCAGUAACGAUGGCAGGGAAAGUGAUAACUAAGCUGCCACUCCCUGCAAACAGCAAGAUUGUUGCCGUCAAUGUGCCAUCAACUCAAGGAGGUGUUGUUCAAGUUCAGCAAAAGGUAUUGGGUAUCAUUCCAUCAACAACAGGUGCAAGUCAAACAUUUACUUCAUUCCAGCCAAGGACAGCAACUGUAACCAUUAGGCCAAAUACCACAGGGACGUUAGGAACAACAAGCACUUCACAAGUAGUGCAGGGGACUCCUCUCCGCCCCGGUAUGACAGUGAUACGGACACCGCUCCAGCAGUCAGCCCUGGGGAAGACCAUCAUUCGAACACCUGUAGUGGUGCAACAAGGUAUUCUUCCAGCCAGUCAGACACAGCAAGUUGUGACUCAAAUAAUCAGAGGCCAGCCUGUCUCAACAGCAGUUUCUAGUACCAGCACAGUUUCUUCCAGUGCUGGACAGAAGACUGUCACAAGUCCUGGAACACCACCUCAGCAAGUACCCCCACAAACGCCGUCGCAGCCCACUCGCCCUCAGCAGGGCCAGGUGAAGCUCACGAUGGCCCAACUCACCCAGCUAACACAAGGACAGGGUGGCAGUCAAGGAUUAACUGUGGUAAUUCAGGGACAAGGUCAGACUACUGGUCAGUUACAAUUAAUCCCUCAGGGUGUGACUGUAAUACCUGGUCCAGGACAACAGCUUAUGCAAGCAGCUAUGCCAAAUGGUACAAUUCAGAGAUUUCUUUUCACCCCACUGCCAGCAGCUGCUACUACAGCUAGCACAACUACAACAACAGUUUCUACUUCAACCUCAG